AUGUCUGCGUUUGGUGACUGCACCAAUGAUGACGGCGUGUUGAGACAUUGCGCAGGCAUUGCUCACCUCUUCGACGAGAAGCUUCAACGGUAUCGCGAUAGUGAUGUGAAUGAGCCCGCUAGCACCACAAGCACUUCGUACCUCCCGCAGAUGGUGAAGGGCACUAUGUCCAUCUGCAUUGCGGAGGUGGAUCUCUUACAACACAGCUCGGCAAGUCAAAGUCGUCAAUCUAGCGGUUCCAGACGAGACAGCUGUCCAGAUGCAGGCCUGUAUCUCAUAUCGAAACUAAGUCAAUGCGGCUUACCAGCAGAAAAAGGCCAAUAUAGUGCGCUUCUUGGCUGA